GGCGUUGACAGCACAGUAGGAGAGACACGGCAGAGAAAACACAGCGCUGAGCAUACGGACGAGCAGCGGCGAUACCACCGCUAAAACCGUACUCCGAUACCCGAGAGAAGCGUUGAAAUCAUCAGAAUGUGGCCCUUGUCGACGCUGGUUCUGCUCUGCGGAGGUUGGCCCGUGAACGCAGAAAUCAACUCGCUGACCUACAUCUACACGGCCUUCACCCGGCCCGUCGGCCUGCCCGGCAUCCACGAGUUCUCAGCCAUGGGCCUGCUGGACGGCCGGCCCAUCGACUACUUCGACAGCGACACCCAGGUGAAGGUGCCCAAGGAGGACUGGAUGAGGGAGCGUCUGGACAAGGAAUACUGGGACAAGGGCACCAGCUCCCGGCAGACCAAACAGCAGUGGUUCAAGGUCAACCUCAAGAUCCUCACCGACCGCCUGAGGAAGAACGACACAGAUAACCACGUUCUCCAGUGGAGACAUGGAUGUGAGGUAAACACUGAAGACCCUGAGAGGAAGGUCAGCGGGAUUGACCAGUACAGCUAUGAUGGAGACGACUUCCUGUCCUUCGACAGCCAUCACAAGCAGUGGGUCGCCCCCAUGUUCGAAGCCAUGCCGACCAAGCGCAAGUGGGACGGCAUCCAGCAGCUCAACGACUACACCGACGGCUACCUUCACAACGAGUGUGUCCAGUGGCUGGACACCUUCCUCAAAUACAGGAAGGAGGCCAAUAUUAAGGCCGUGCGACCGGAAAUAUACAUGUCCGCCAAGCCAUUCAAGAACAACCUGAAGCUCAGCUGCCUGGCCACAGGCUUCUAUCCCAGGGAGAUCACUAUGAACAUCAGGAGUGACGGUCAUUUGGUGGACCGCUUGGAUGGUCUGCAGUCCACGGGGGUCCGUCCUAACGGGGACGGGACCCACCAGAUCAAGAUGUGGGUGAUGAUUCCUAGGGGCGACAAGGCCAAGUACACCUGUGAAGUCAACCACCCUGCGAGCAAGAUCCAUGUGGUCGAAGAGUGGGAUCACCACGUGGAGGCUGAGGGACCCCCCAUUGGACCCAUUGUCGGGGCUGCUGUUGGUCUACUGGUGGUGGUGGGGCACAUUAUCACUAUUGUGAUUAUCCUCAAAAGAAGGAGGACACCAGCGGAAAAAGAUGAAGAGAUGCUGAAAGGAGCUGAUAAGCCCCUUCUCCCAGGUUCCAGCGAUGGUUCCAGCACUGGUUCCAGUGAUGGUUCCCACUCUGCUCCCAGCGAUGCUUCCAGCACUGGUUCCAGUGAUGGUUCCCGCUCUGCUGCCAGCGAUGGUUCCAGUGUUGGUUCCCGCUCCAGUCAGGAAAUGCUCCCAGUGGUCUGAGUCCCGAUCACCACCUCCUGGGGCGUCUUGCUAUAUUCAAGACUUCCACUCCUGAUUGCUUGGUUUCUUCUACGCUUCUAGAUAACGUCUGUCUCGUGCUUUACGGACGUGGUAGAUAAAUCAUAUCAUAAGAUAAGAUAGGCACUUGAUCUCAAGAAGUUUUGUCCCGUCAAGGAUCCCAUCUGGGCUGGCUGCUAACCGGUAGCGGUUCCUGGCCGAGCUCACCAGGGAGGAAAACAUAAACGCUAGUGGUUGACGGAUCACGGAUUACUCGUGAUCCGUACGGAUAAACCCUUGCGGUUCGGGAUGCAAAUGAUCCGAUGAUUUUGUUUUAUUUGGUAUUUUAUAAAUCUCAUUGAAACGGAAACCGGGCCGCAACCGGUAACGGAAAGGGGGCUGUUUGUGUUUGGUUGUAGUCUUUUCGCUCGGUUCUCCGUCUCAACAGUAGGGCUAGAACCGAGCGAAAAGACUACAACCAACCCCCCUUUCUGUUUCCGGUCAACGAGCAAUGAGUCUCUCAACAGAAAUCAAUGGAUUUACAAAAUGCCAAAUAAAUAACGACAGAACAGUGUUUUGCUACGAUGAGGAUGUGUGCGUUGCCUGGGGAGACGGUAGACUACGCUCUCCCCAGGCAACGCACACGUCCUCAUCUUUCUGAAAAAGGAUUUAAAGUGUAAAUCCAGGUCUGCUGUGCUUCCUUCGGACACAGGUUUUUUAUUUUACUUACUAUCCAAGUUUAAAAGAAGAAGGAAUAAUGCCUCAGAUUGCACUCUGUUUAUAUUUUAAGAUUUUAUUUAUACAUUGGAUAGACAUCUUGAGUUAAGUUCUUAUUUUAUGUGGACAAAAGCUACGUCUAUUUUACUAUCCAUGUUUAGAAGGAGGAGGAAUGAUGCCUCAGCUUGCACUUUAUAUUGUUUACAAAUAUUAUUUAAGUUUUUAUUUAGACACUAAGCUAUAUUUUCAAAUAUUCAAUAUGCUUAAAGGAAGCAGGAUUAUUACCUGUUUUUCCGCUUUAUUUAGUUUUUACAUAUUUCAAGAUUUUAUUUAAAGUCACAUUUGUCUUGUUAUCUUUUUUGUUGUUGUUGAUCCGAAAAUGAUCCGACCCGUGACUCAAAGGCCGUGACCCGAUCCGAACCGUGAGUUUUGUGAUCCGUUGCACCCCUAAUGAACGUGCGCAGUACACCCGCAUAUGCAUAUCUUUUCUAAUGCGUAUGCCUGCAAUUUAAAAUUGCUUGAACACUAUUGACACCUGCUUAGACCAAAGUAAGACAACUUUAAGUUUUUGUUACUAGACCUUAAACACGUGUAACCAUACCUUUAACAAAAGCGCUGCUUUGCACUUUAGUUGCAAUUGUGCAACACACUUGCUCCUUUCUGCAACACACUUGCUCCUGCACACUA